GUAUAAAAAAGAAAAUUUUGAGAUUAAAUCAGUAAUCUUAAUAAUUGAGUUAAAAUGAAAGUUUUAAUUUGUGGAAUAAUCUGUUUAUUCGCAUUUUGCGGAGCUAAUCCAGUAAAUCCAUCUGUUCAUGAUGUAGUGUCAAGAGCUUUAGAGAGGAUUGAUUAUAAUAAUAUCAUUCCCAAAGAAUUGAUCACUAGACUGAGGUUUUUAACUGAAGCUGAUAUCUUAGGAGGCAGCGAAAUUACAGUAUUUUUAAAUCAAUAUGCAGAUACAAUUUUCAACAAUUUACAAAAUUUCAUAAGACAACACAACUGGCAGAAUGUCGAUAUUCCAGAUACACACUUGAAGAUAUCUGGUGGAAGUGUGGAUUUAACUAGAGGUAAUUUAAAUGACCUUGAUACAAUUUCCAGAGGCGGAGAUGUUAUUCUUACAUACGAAGGGGAUAACAAAAAACUUGUCAUCGAACUUCCAAUAACCUUUGGAGAUUUAAGAUUCCACUAUCACCACCACACCAAAGUAUUAUUCAUUAGCAUGAGUGGAGAAGUUGACGGCACUGUUAAACAUAUACAAGUAUCUGCUAUAGCAAGUUUCGAUUUUAAUUCUAACACUGUGUUUUUGGAUCAUUAUGACAUGAAACAUUCUGGAGAUGUGACGGUUCAUUUUUCUGGAAAUCCAGUGGUGGACUGGUUAGCUAACGCAAUUAGUGCGGUAGUAACCACUUUCAUGGGACAAGUUAUUAUUAACGUUAUGGCCAAAUUUAUUAGAGAUAACCUGAGAGCUGUUAUUGAAAAUCUCAACGAAGCUAUAGCUCAAAUUAUUAAUCAUUAAAAAUAUUUUCUUUAUUCUAAUUAUAUUCUAAGCCAAAAAUGAUAAUAUAUGUUUACUAAAUA